AGAGAGUACCCGACUUAUUGUAUCAGAAUCCAUGUUGAUGUAGCCUUGGCUCCCGGUUGGUAACAAUAAACGCCACAAAUUCUAAGCGUAAAUUGUCCAUUCUUUCCAGGAGAAUUUGAAAUUGAGACAUGGCUGAAGUUGAGCAGACACCACAGGUGGUGGAAAGCAGUGUGGGUGGAAAUGUAGAGACUGCUCCCCCCAAACCAGAGUCGCCUCAUGCAGAGCACGGGCUGACAGACAACAUGCAGAAGAUCAUCAGUCAUGAGAAAGUGGAAGUGGAAAAGACCAAAGUGGACUUGGAAUCUCUGACAACACGGGCAUACCUGGACCAUACAGUGGUGCCCAUACUACUGCAAGGGAUGUCUGCAUUAGCUAAGGAGAGGCCACCCAACCCCAUCGAGUAUCUUGCUGGCUAUCUUUUGAAGAAUAAAGACCAGUUUGAGAGCACCAGCUAAAUAAAUCUGUUCAAGAAUUUUUUUUAAUGUGCAAACGUUCAUUAGAUUAAUAACAUUUUUGAGGCAGUUGAUCAUCCCUUGACAUUGAUAUGCGUACAUGCAUUCUGAAUGUAUUUCAUGAAAAUAUUGUAAAUUAUGGGCCAUGAGUUUGUACUAUUUCAUAGUUUUGAGUCAGACACAACUGUUUGCUUUGGUGUAAUUAUUUAGCACCUCUUGAAAUACCUUUUUUGUUUUUGUCUUCUGCAUGAGGUCCUGUUCCUGUGAUAAGAUGGACUUUUGUUGUUGUGUAAAAUGAAUGGCACAUUAUGUGGUGGGGGUAAUUUGUGUACUGAAUGAAAUACAGUCGAACCUCACUAAUAAGAGGGUGUUCAGACUUGGUACAAUUACCUUACAGGAACUUUGUGUUAUUAGGGAUGAAAACAAUGAAAAACAAAAGAUUGAGACCCCAAAAAUUCCUUGUUAUAACCAGAAUCUUGUACUAACAGUGCUCUUAUCAACGAGGUUGGACUGUAGUUCAUACUUACAAAAAUAUGGGAAAACUCCUCAUAAGUGAACUUCUAGAUGUGUAUGAACCCUUUUUCUUCAUUUUCAAGGCUAAAUUUUGGGUAGUUGUUUUUAUUUAAAUGCCAUUGGCAACUUUUGUGAUGUCAAUAAAUGGUCUUUUGUAAAUAACUCCAUGACUGAAUUUGGUACAUUGUUUGAUAUUUAAUCGUUUACACUGAGGAGGAAAGUAGAAUAAAUUCAAAAGGAAGGGAAAGGACACGAAAAA